UAUACAAUUUAUAAAUUUAUUAAUAAUUUGCAAUUAGAUACAGUACUACUGAUUUGUUUGUGACAUAAAUCAGCAGUAGUAUCUAGUAUCAGUUUUUCUGUAUGCUAUUUUAACUCAUUUUCAUUUGGUUAGUAGUCAGGAUAUUGAUUAAUUCAUUUACCUCAUCUAGUGUUACAGUUAUGUAGAGUGGAUUUUUAAAUAAUUUUUUUUUUGCAGGUUGUGCAGGUUUUUCUGAAACAGAAUUUAAAAAAGAAACUUAUAGGCAACUUUACAGGGUUUUGGUGAUUUCUGAAUUUUUUUAAUUACCAAAAUACCAAUACCUACUUGUGAAGAAACAAAAAAUAUGUCAUAAAUUUUCAUUUCAGAACUGGCUUUUAAAGUUUCUUCUGUGAUACAUCUCUGAUUGAACAAAUGUGAAGUUAUGAAGAGAAUUUCCCAUUUUUCUUACCUGUAGCUCUAAUACAGAGAUAAAAUGUGGUAAAUCCCUAUAGAAUAGUGGAAAAAAUAUGAUUCCCAUAAAAUAAUAUAUUUUGAUCCCCUCUGAAUUUCAAAACAUGCAAAUUUUCCACAACUGACCACUCACAUUGUACAGUGAAUGGAUAUUCCACAACAACAGAAAGUUUUGUAUAGAAAUGGCACCAGCUGUCCAGGCUCCUGUUGAUAAACCACAAGAGGAUGAUGUUUCUGUGAGUGAAGGUCCCUCUCACAUUAACUUUCUUGUAGCAGAUGAUUCAAAUAACAGUUCUGGAAGUGAUGAUGAAGGACCAGCACAGAAUGGUUAUGAACUUUUACCACAAGAUAUUGGUGAAAAUGGAACUGAUCAUGACUUACAUCAAGAUGAAGAAACCAUAAAUGCCUCCCUGUCUUCUGAAAGGAAUCCAUCCACUACCAUGAUAGAGGUUGGUGAAAGUUCAAACUGUCAUCCUAUGGAUAAAGAUCAUAUUGAAAAAAUCAAGGAAUGCAUGUCUGGCUUCACACUUCCAUCAUCGUCAGUUCCCUCUUGGGCUUCAGUUAUACCAGAAGAAGAUUGGAAAACAUAUUUAUUGGGAAGACUUGAAGAAAGGAAACUGGACUUGAAAGCAUUUUCACAGCAUUAAGUAAACGUGACCAAUGACAGUUUAUAAACAUCAAAACAACCAUGAAGUAACAACUAAAAGAAAUGUAUAGAUUGUUCCAUUUAUUGAGAAAUCAAAUAAAAUGAACAUAAUUUGCUUUCUUCAUAAUA